ACGGAGGGGCUCAUUCGGGAGCUGAGAUCUGGGAGGUGAAGGAGAGAUCCAUUGGAACCAGGAGAAGAGAAAGGGGCUAGUUUCACUGAAGAGAGGCAGAGCGUGGAGACCAUGGCUGGAUUCUCAGCUCUUGGGCUGCUCUUUCUUUUUCAACUACUAGCCACAUCCUCAGCUCAGAGAGCAGGACCACGAGGCCCUCCUGGACCACGAGGACUCCCUGGACCACCUGGCAAGGAAGGCAUAGAUGGAGAACCUGGCCCACCUGGUUUACCUGGCCCACCAGGGCCGAAAGGUGCACCAGGGAAGCCUGGAAAGGCAGGUGAAGCAGGGUUACCUGGCCUUCCUGGAGUGGAUGGUUUAACAGGACCUGAUGGCCCGCCCGGCCCAAACGGGCCACCAGGAGAAAGAGGGGCUUUAGGACCUGCAGGGCCGCCUGGACCAGCUGGCAAGGGACUGCCUGGCCCUCCGGGGCCUCCAGGACCCAGUGGACUCCCGGGUGGAAACGGACUUCAGGGGCCACCUGGACCAUCAGGUCUUCCAGGAUUCCCAGGACAGCCUGGACCUCCAGGGCCUCCAGGUCUUCCAGGGGUUCUUCCUGAUGGCGGUGGGGACCUUCAGUGCCCAGCUCUCUGCCCCCCAGGCCCUCCGGGUCCUCCAGGAAUGCCAGGAUUCAAGGGGCAUACAGGCCACAAAGGAGAACCCGGGGAAACAGGAAAAGAUGGUGAGAAGGGAGACGCAGGCCCUCCAGGUCCUCCAGGGAUUCCAGGCAGCGUCGGCCUGCAGGGGCCAAGAGGGUUAAGAGGCCUCAUUGGCCCAGAGGGUCCAGUCGGGGACAGGGGACCUAUUGGUUUCAGAGGGCCACCAGGACUCCCAGGACCUCCGGGGAAAGCAGGAGACCGAGGAGACAGAGGACCUCAGGGGUUCAGAGGGCCCAAAGGGGAUACUGGUAGACCUGGACCAAAAGGAUCACCAGGGACUGGUGGACCCAUAGGAGAACCUGGCAUGCCUGGCAAAGAUGGACGAGAUGGAACACCCGGACUCGAUGGUGAGAAGGGUGAUGCUGCCCGCUUCGGUCCUCCUGGAGAGAAGGGGCCAAACGGACUUCCUGGGCUACCUGGAAGACCAGGUCACAAGGGUCCAAAGGGUGAACUAGGUAGUCCUGGAGAGAUGGGAGAGGCAGGUCCGUCGGGAGAGCCUGGUAUCCCUGGUGAGGCCGGUAUCCCUGGUGAGAGAGGUGAGCCCGGACCUAGAGGAUCAUCUGGCGCACUUGGUCUUCAGGGCCCAUUGGGAGCCCCAGGUGUAAGAGGCUUUCAGGGCCGCAAAGGUGCCAGUGGGGAACCUGGACUCCCUGGCCCUACGGGGAUUCGUGGUGAAUUUGGUGACAGGGGUUCUGGUGGAGUUUCUGGUCCCAAAGGUAACCAGGGUGCCGCUGGAGCAGAUGGCCUGCCAGGUGACAAAGGAGAACUGGGUCCUUUCGGCCCCCCAGGACAAAAGGGAGAGUCAGGAGAAAGAGGCGAGCUGGGUCCUAAAGGUAUACAAGGACCUAACGGGACUUCUGGUGUGCAAGGGAUUCCAGGUCAUCCAGGACCUAUGGGCUACCAGGGAGAGCAAGGUAUCCCCGGCAUUACUGGAAAACCUGGCCCUCCAGGCAAAGAGGCCAGUGAACAACACAUAAGAGAACUCUGUGGGGGAAUGAUAAAUGAACAAAUUGCACAGUUAGCUGCUAAUUUGAGAAGGCCCUUGGCUCCUGGACUGAUGGGUCGACCUGGCCCAGCGGGUCCCCCAGGUCCACCUGGGACAAUGGGAAGUGUUGGUCAUCCCGGUGCUCGCGGUCCACCUGGAUAUAGAGGGCCGACAGGAGAACUUGGAGACCCUGGUCCCAGAGGUGAUACAGGUGAAAAGGGAGACAAAGGAGGCACUGGCAUAGGUAUUGAUGGGCCUGAUGGAGAUCAAGGACUUCAAGGUCCACCAGGUGUAACUGGAAUUAGUAAAGAUGGUCGAGAUGGUGCUCAUGGUGAACCCGGUCAGCCAGGUGAUCCUGGUUUACCUGGUGCAAUAGGGGCUCAGGGAACUCCAGGAAUCUGUGAUACGUCAGCCUGCAUGGGUGCUGUUGGAGGAGGAUCCAAAAAAUCUUCAGCACUAAAAGUGGAGAAGUGACUGAAUAUUUAAGU